GCCCUCUUCUUCUCUUCUAUAUCGACACUCUUAUAUCUUAUCCACACUCCUUAUACAAACUGCAAAUCGAAUAUCUACUAGCCAGCGUCUUUUGACCAUUUUCAAUCCUUAUUUAAUCAUACUCCGUUCUUUUCUGGCUUGAUUCCCGGCUGAUAAAUACAUACUCCUCUGGAUUGCUACUGCGUAUAUCUCGCUUUUCCAGAACAGUCUCUGUAUCAGAAUACCACGUCAUUUCUGCGAUAUUUUAGUACCACUGCGUACCCUGCUUCGGAUAGACCGGUUCAUUGCCCGUCCAACCAUAGACAUUUUUCCAAUAAGCCGUGGCAACGUGACAUACUAGACCGCUGAUUAUAUAGGCUGUGGACCUAUCCUUCAGUCCUCGAAUACCAAGUGAAUAUAUUUAUAUUGACAAUAUGGGUUUCAUCGAAAAACUCCAGAGUAAGCUUGAGCUUUAUCGCCUUGAACAGCGAUACACACGACGCAAGAAUCGUUCCACAUUUUACGGAGAUGCCCAAUAUGUUGACGGCGAAUACGUAUACACCAAUGGCCUAACAUCCCCCGCUGUCUCCAAGAACUCGACAGGCGGCCACUGGCGACCAACCUGGGGUCGAUCUACCAGUUCCGAUUCCCGAUAAAUACAUUUUAUUAUGAUUCACGUCACAAAUAUACUCUUCCGACACGAUUUCUCUUCGACGAGAUGAUUGUUAUCAUUACAUGACCGCUUCGGCGGAUUUUGCCUUGGCCGAAAGUUUUCUGAGAUGUUAUGGAACCGCAGAGUACAUGACUUUUUUUCAGUCUUUCGGGUUUCUCUGCAUAUUUAUAUUGUUUGGUGCAUCAUAUUCACGGUGAUGUCUUUUUCUUCGCGACAUAUAAACAAGUUGAUUUGGAUCUUGUUUACAUUUCAAUGCACAUAUUUCUAUUGACAUGAACAAUCUUGGACAUUUCAAUAUCACGGCUGUAUCUAGCUAUCUUCUAAUAGAGAUAGGGAUUGAGGUCUUUCAAGGGGAACUUUUAUCAAACCAUUUUGGGCUCGUACUUUCCACUGAAGAGCUUUCAAUAUACCGUAAAUCACUGUGAGUGUGGGUGCUGGGACAUUGACUCGUUGAGCCUCACGCAAAGGCUCGCCCACGAUGUUCUCA